GCAGAAGACAUUGCUUUGUUUCUCCGUCACGAUGAGGCAUCCAAAAGUUUCAUGAAAUGUCUGUUCAGUUUCAUCUGAACAGCUACACUACAUAGUUGCACAUCUCCAUUAUAAAUGACUGAAAACACAUAAUGGGGACAAAAAAAAAUCGUAAGAAUGGCAUGCUUCACAAUAAGUACUCAAAAGCAAAGCAAAAUGUACCCCUAGCUACACUCAACAGUUGACUAGGUAAGAAAAAAAAGAGUUCCUGUAUUAAUUUGUGGGCAGCAGGUGGAAGAGUGAGUAGUCAAAUUUUUUAUUCAUUCACUCAAUUCAGCAUAUUUUUGUAUGUGUGUUUGUAUAACUUUCCUAUCAGGUUAUCUCCCUCCCACCAUUCAGCAUGAGAAUUUUCAUCAAACCAAGCUUUUGAACUUUUGUUUCAACCGAGUUGAAAACUGUUCUUUAAAAAAUGUCUGGUACAAAUGUGCAAUAGAUACUGGGAAAGUGGGAGGGAGAAUUAAUGUGAUUUUUUUAAUGUCCCACCAAAGACUUGAUACUAUGGGGUGAUAGACAGAUAUCGACCUGUAACAGGAAGAACUGACAGGUUCUGACCAGAAGUUUGCCUGCAUCUGAAGACCCUGGUGAAUGAUUUUGGUAAGAACUGGCUGGAUGCUGUUCAUGACAGUGCUGGGCAGGCCCCUCUGCUGGGGGACUGCAUACUUAUCCCUGCUGGGGUUUACCUUGCUGAUCGGGGUGUCAGUAUGGAGCUCCGAUGAAGAAAACAAUUUAAAAGGAACUUUGUUUUUUUUUUUUUUCACACUCCUUUUUUUUUGCUCCAGUCAGUGGAACAAUAAACAAAAUAUCGCUGCACUGGACUGGAGGGUUAGACAACUUCUCUAAACAGGAUUACAUUAAACUACAUACACACAGCAUCAAACUAGAUAACACCUACAUAAACAUGAACAGUACAAUUAAACCGUAGUAUAGUAAAUGUACAGUACAAUUAAACAUAACUGCAGAGCCACAGAAUCACAUCACAAAUGUUAGACACAUGAUGGACAAACAUAAGGUAACGCAGCAAUACAGUAGGUCUUCCUGCUUGCAUGCGAGGUUCUGGACGCGCGUUCGUGAAAAAAAACCAAUAUGGCGGAAAUGCCCGCGGAAAGCAUCUCGGGAAAUGUAGGAAAUACCAAACAGCGGCGAUUUCUCACGCAACUUAAUGACAUAAAAGUACAGUUUAAAUUACUGAUUUUCGAGAUACUAAAGUUCAGCAUAAUUUUAUACUGUGUCAUAAUUCCGUUAAAGCAAGCUUUCAAAGUUAAAGAAGGCCGCUUGACAUUAAAUUGCUGUUACAAACAAUCACGAGUCAAAAAACUACAUUCACAGAAUGUCAGAAAAGCGUUUAUAUGAAUUAUUCGUGAUAUUGUUUUUUAUAAACCCUCUCACUGUUUUAUCAUGUCCUUACCUCUCUGCGUCUGUCAUAACAGAGAUCCGUUAUUUAGAGAUCCGUAAUAUUUCUAAUCUAAGGCAUAAUGAGGCUGCAUUUUUAUAUGUUAUACUUUUGACAGAUGUGUGGUUGAAAUGUGGCGAACAUGUGGUUUAAAGGUGGAAGUGCGUUUUAAUGGCAGCAGAGAGCUGCCCACAGCGGAGGGCGAGUAGCGGGCGGUGCUGCGCUGCUAGAGGAAGUCAAGAGUCUCGCAGGAGGGAAACGGCGCUUCUGCUGCGGUCCAACGGUCCAGUGAGCGAGUUCUGCCGUGUCCCACCAGCGGUGCGGCGGCGCAGCGGCGCAGCGGUCCGGUUCUGCCGUGUUCCAGCGGUUCCGCGGUCCACUGUUGGGCGGUGCAGCGGCCCCGGGAGCCCAGGGCGCAAAGCAAGCGAGCGAGCGAGCGAGCGGAGAGAGCAGCUCCGGAAUGGGCGCGUCCUCCUCCAGCCUGCUGGACGACAGCAGGUCCAACUACAUCAGAGGCCGGACGGAAGCAGAGCUGAAGAACUUCAGCCCCCACUACAGGCGUCAGUACUUGGUGGCCUUCUUCUCCCAGCUGCAGGAUGAGGUGGAGCAGCACAAGACGAGCCAGCCGCAGCUCCUCAAACGGAGGGUACCUUCAGAAGACUCGGAGGUCCUCUACAAGGAGAACGUGCUGUAUUUUGAUGACAGCAGGAAGUGGAAGGAGAGGUAUUUGGUUGUGCGGGCCAACUACAGCCUCGAGUGCCACGACAGCAGCGAGAGCUUUGCGAAAGGAGGCCCUCCUCGGCAAAAGCUCGAGCCAGCCGGGGGCGCCGUCCUGACGUCGGAAGAGAAGUAUGCGACCCUGGUGGACAAAGCCUUCCCCGAUCCCAGCGGCGCAGGUUCAAAGGAGGAGCCGCCCGCUCCCCUGGUGGCCGUGCCCGGGCCGUUUCCCGUCUACCUGCAUCUGCCCUACUACAGGGAUGCGUACUUCAGCUUCGACCAGGAGGACCGUCACGGACGCUUCGUCUCCGUGCUGACGGACUGCGUCCGACACCAGAGCCACGACUUCCUAAAGAAGGCAACGUGCGAAGUGCAGGCCUUCCUGAAGGCCAUCCAGUUCUACAGGCAGGAGAAGGGUCACUACGAGUCAUGGGACAUGCUGAUUGGCAGCGAUGUGCAGGUCCUGGCCAACCUGGUGAUGGAGGAACUGCUGCCCUCCCUGCAGACGGAGCUGCUGCCGCGCCUCAAGGGGAAGAAGGUGGAGAAGAAGAGGCUGUGGUUUGUGACGGUAGAAGCGGCGUAUCUGCUGGUGCAGGAGCAGCUCUCGGAGGGCCUGGCCGCCUUGAAGGAGGAGUGCCGGACAGAGGCCAAGCAGCAGGAGGGCCUCAUUCGUGCCAAUAUGGACCAGAUAAUCAACUCCAGGGCCUUUCUGAUGGACAAACUGCAAGCCACGGUGUCCGAGCCGGCGUUGAAGUACUGCGCCGAGAAUGUGCAGCCGUACCUGGCCUCCAUCCUAGAGGAGCUGAUGGGCCCCAUCAGCCUCGGGUUCCAGGAGGCACGGUUGCACUGCGAGAGGGAGAUGGACUCUCUCUGCAAGCAGGUCCAAGAAGAGGGUGCCAUCAGCAACCUCAGAGAGGUCCUGGACUCUUUGGGAAGGGAUGGGCUGCAGGACUGCUACCAGCACGUGGAGGUCCUCUGCGUGCAGCUCCAGGAGCUCCGCAACCGCUUUAAGUUCUCCAACGCCCUGUACCUGGUGCAGUGCGCCCAGAUCAGCAUACAGCAGCUGAUGGAGAACGCGGCCUACACUUUCGAGCUCCUGCUCCAGGCAGCUUUGAAAGAAAACACUGCAAACCCAAGUGCUGCCGUGGAGAAGGCCAAGCGCAGAGUGCUGAAGCAAUACGACUAUGAUAGCAACACAGUGAGGAAGAAGAUUUUCCAGGAAGCUUUGGUGGACAUCACUCUGCCUGCCCUCCAGAGGAGUCUGGCACCCAGCUGCAAACCAGAGCUGCAGACCUUUGACCAGUACAUCUUUGCUGACCACACAAAUUUCAUACAAGUGGAAAAUGUGUAUGAGGACAUUCUUCUGCAAACUCUGGAGAGUGAAAUAAGUAAAGUGGUCAAAGAAGCAGCCAGCAUGAAAAAGCACAACCUGUUUGUGGACAGCACCGAUCUUCCGUUUGUCAGCCAGGCCAGUCUGAGCGAGAGCCGGACCCCGCCGAAAUCCCCCUCCUCCGGUCCGGCUGAAGCGUCCCUCUCGGGGUCGCGGACGCCUUCCUCGCCGCUGCUGGGAAAUGGUGAUCUGGAGACCCAGCAGCAGAUGGACUCCCCCUCUCCAGGGGAAGCAGACCAUGUGAAUGUUGCAAGCCCAGUCCAGCAGAAUGAUAUCUCCUCUCCCAGUCCUGUUACUACCGCCCUAGAGGACCCUGUGCUGGUCACCGAGGCCUCCCCCAGCACAGAAGCCCCUCCUGUUGACACAGACAUCAUCACAGGCAGUGUGGCAGCACCCAGGGUGACAUGCGUUGGUCAACAGCGCGUGACAGACAGGGCAGUAUAUCUCAAGUCGUCCCCAGAUACAAAAGGAAGAGCUCCGAUCUCCCUCGAUUCCUCAGCAGGGAUAAAUGAUGAUGGCGCAGUUGCUCCGGGCCCUUGUGUCGAGCUCAGAUCCGACGGUUCGGCCCCCACCUGCGUGGCCAGCGAUAGCAAUACAGCGUUACCCGAGUCUGUGUCAGAAAUGGAAGACGACCUUGAAGCAGAGCUGAAAGAGGGUGGCGUAGGUCCCGGCGAUUUGGCAGCGGAGGUAACGGAGAGUGGUACGGUCACCUCCGAGACCCCCACUGACCUCGGCGAUUCCUCCGUAAUUGCCGCCUCUUCACCUUACGAUCCUAGUGCGCAGGUUCCAGAAGGCAACGCCGAUCAAACCGAAGACUUCGUAGAUAGUGGAGCAGCUUCCGCGUCCACCUCGACCACCGGUGACGGUGGGGAAGCGGGCGCGGUUUCCCUGAGCGGCAGUCCUAACGGCGGCGACGCGUCGGCCGGCGCCGAUUCGGAUCGAGAGCCCGGGGAGCCGGCCGUCACUUUCGGCCGCAGCGCUUCCGCUUGCGAGUCGGAAGGAGGCGCUACCGCUCCAGAUGUUGAGGUUUCCCAGGGAGUCGGCUCCUCCUCCCAGGAUAACUUAGAGGAGGAGGAGCCGUCGCCUGACAGCGUGAGAGAGAUCCGUGACCUGCUGGUGGAGGUAAUCGAAGUGGAGGAGCUGGUGUAUAAGAACCCGCCCAGCGAUCAGCCCUAGGCAAGAAACCGAGUCUGUUAGAACUGCUUGUUUGAUGGCUUUCAUUUACACACACUUGUGUCAUGAUUUUAACUGGCCUAAUCAAAUUUACAGGCACUACAUAAGUUUUGCGUUACCAUUAGCUGUUAUUAGGUCUUGUGGUUAUGGCUUUUUUUUUGUAAAAGUGUACAAAAGCCCCCCCCAGUACCCUCAUGGGUCAAAACAUACUAACACCCUUCCAAGAGUUUUUUGCUUUAUGCUUUCCUUCAACCUGUCCAUUAAUAAAACAUAUCUAAUAAUAACCAUCUAA